GAAGUCUUUCUGCAGCCGGGCUGCGUAGCAAGCAGGAGACCAUGUAUCCCUCCGCCAAUUGCUCCAGCCUGCCCCACAGAGACCUCCCCGCGCUGCUGGACUACCAGGAUCUGUGCAACCAAAGCCAGCAGGACGCUGCCUUUAGCCACGUCGACCCCAAGGACUUGAACCUGACGGUGGAGCAGCUGCAGGACAAAUACCUGGGCCCCCGGAGAUCCAGCUUCUUCAUCCCAGUCUGCGCCACCUACCUGCUGAUCUUCAUGGUGGGGGCCAUCGGCAACACGCUGACCUGCCUGGUCAUCGUGCGCCACCGGUUCAUGAGGACGCCCACGAACUAUUACCUGUUCAGCCUGGCAGUCUCCGACCUGCUGGUGCUGCUGUUGGGGAUGCCGCUGGAGCUCUACGAGAUGUGGAGCAACUACCCCUUCCUCCUGGGCGCCGGGGGCUGCUACUUCAAGACGUUGCUCUUUGAGGCAGUCUGCUUUGCCUCCAUCCUCAACGUGACGGCGCUGAGCGUGGAGCGCUACAUCGCUGUGGUCCACCCGCUCAAGGCUAAGUACGUGGUGACCAGGAAGCACGCCAAGCGGGUCAUCGUCACGGUCUGGGUGUUGUCCGUGCUCUGCUCCAUCCCCAACACCAGCCUGCAUGGUAUCCAGCCCCUCUAUGUGCCGGGCAGGGGGGUGGUGCCGGACUCGGCAAUCUGCACCCUGGUGAAACCCCGCCUGAUUUACAACUUCAUCAUCCAGAUCACCACCAUCCUCUUCUUCUUCCUGCCUAUGGGCACCAUCAGCAUCCUUUACCUGCUCAUCGGGCUGCAGCUGAAGAAGGAGAAGAUGCUGCAAGCCCUGGAGGCCAAAUCGGGUGGGGACUGCGACUACCACAACAUCCGCGUCCAGCAGCAGAAGAUCAGGAGGAGGCAGGUGACUAAGAUGCUGUUCGUGCUGGUUGUCGUAUUCGGGAUCUGCUGGGCCCCCUUCCACACAGACCGGCUCGUCUGGAGCUUCGUCUCCCACUGGACGGGCCGGAUGCUGCACAUGUUCCAGUACGUCCACAUCAUCUCCGGGGUCUUCUUCUACCUGAGCUCAGCCGCCAACCCCAUCCUCUACAACCUGAUGUCCACGCGCUUCCGGGAGAUGUUCAAGGAGGUGAUGUGCCACAGGCACCUGAGGAGGUUGGGCUCCAGGAAGUACUCACCCAGCGUCACCCGGGUCACCACCCGCAGCACGGUGUGCGAGCACAUGCCCGCCGGCAACGGGCUGCCCCUGUCCAACGUGGAGGAGGAGGAGAUGGGCGUGGAGGGGGAGGACGCCCUUAAGCAUGAGACGUCCUUCCCCUGAGGGCACCGCCAGGGCCUUCCCCGCUUGUCGGGCUCCUGGAGGGACACGACGACUGCGAGGGGGUUGGGAAGGCCAUGUCCAGUGUCUAGUCACCCUGCUUACGUCUCCUGUCGCUGUGCCACCCGCUAGCACUGCCCUGGCAUGAUCUCCACUCCCACCCCUUGCAGGCCGAACUCACCAGGGGCUGCGCCGUGGCACGAGGGUACGAAUGAAGGCAGAACUUGGGUUCAGAGAGGUGGGGCAUUAACUCUUCA